CCACUCCAUCACCACCACCACCGCCACCUCGAGCCAGCUCGCGGCUCAGCGCAGAGCUUUCUCUCUUUGCUCAGCCAACCCUGAAUGUCUCAACACUCGUUAAUAUCGUUAAACCUCAACAUUUUACGCGCAUUUCUAGCGCAUUGUUGUUUUAAGCGGGGGGCGGUGUUUUCUUUUCUUAAUCUCCAAAAGCUAAUUAAACAGUAUUACUAUUUCUUCCGAUGAUAAAUAAUAAUAAUAACAACAACAACAAUUAUUAUUUAAUUUCAUAUUUUUAAUAGGAAAAAAAAAUUGAGAGAGAGAGAACCACCAAGCUUCAAGGGAGGGGGGUGGUUGCUCCCAUUCCAUUGGGGAUCACUCUAGCGGCGGUGCCGCGCUGUGCGCAAUGCGUCCCAAAGCAUUAAAUUCUCCGCCACGCUCCCACCGGGUGAGUGGAGGCGAGAGAACGCGGGUGGACCUCACCAUGGCACGUAUGGCCGGCCCUCUCCUGGGAGGGACACUCCUGGGCCUGUCCGCCUCGCUCUCCGCAGCCCUCAACCUUGCCCUGCUCUUCCAACUGCAAGGGGCAUUUCGGCAGCAGAGGUGCGACGAGCAACAUCAGCACGCGACUGAAAAACAGCAGCAGCAGCAACAGCAGCAGCAGCCGCCGCCGCAUCAUCAACAGCAGCAGCAGCAGCACCCACCUCAAACGCCUCAACAACAGCAGUUCCAAGAUCUGCUGCACCAUCACGAGCAGCUGCAGCAGCAGCAUCAAUACACGGAGCAGCAGUUGCAGUACCCGGGGUUCCAACCGCAGCAGCAGUUGCAGCAGCAGCAGCAGCAGCCGCAGCCGCAGCAGCAGACGGAUGAGAGUGGUAAUGCUGCAGGUGCCGCUGCUGCUAUCAUGAGAACGUCGGCCAUGUGUCUUGCCGCUGUGGCGCUGAGUCUGAACCUGUGCUGCGCUUCCAUCUGUGUCAUCCACGCACUGCUGGCUUCCAGAAUGGUGCACGCUCACAGGGCUCAGCGGUUUGUGGAGAGCACUCAGAAAGCUCGCUUGGUAACCAUGGCUCUCUUCUGCCUCGCUCUGCUCUCCUUCACCGCAGCUCUGUCCCUGCACGCCUUCUUGGUUCUGGACGUCCCGGCCUUCCUGGCGUGCGCCGGCGCGCUGGGCUGUGGCGUUUUACUCUCUGCCUCGGGCCUAGUACACGGCCUCGCCGCAGCCCGCCGCUCGGCCCAGCUUCCCGCCCGGGUCCCCCGUGCCCCGGCCACCCUCAUGCCCCCUCCGCCGCUCCCGCCGCCCCAGCAGCAGCACCACCAGCACCAGCAGCAUCACCACCCGCAGCAGCACCAGCAACAGCAGCAGCAGCAACAGCCACCGGGCUCGGGCCUGCAGGCCGAAGCCUCGGCUUGCAGGCCCGAGCCUCGGGCCCGGGCGCUCAGCUUCUGGAACCAGGUGGCGCUGAGCGAGCACGGGCGGUCGGACGACAACGGCGACGAUUUCACGCUGGCGGCGAACGACUGCGCCGCGGCGGGGUCCGGGGGGGCGGCCGGCGAGGAGUUGUGCACCCUGAGCGCGUCGCUGCCACACCCGCGCCACCACCAGCGGGUGCCGCCGCACAACGGGCGCGAGAGGUUCGUCGACGUCCCCGCGGAGUCGUGCGGCAGCCGUCGCAAAACCGCCUCCAUGUCCGACAUCGUAGCCGAAUCGCGAAGGCAACAGCCGCACCAGCAGCAGCCUCACCAGCAGCAACAGCAGCAGCACCAACAGCAGAAGCAGCAGCAGCACCAGCAGCAGCACCACCACCACCAUCAGCAGCAACAGCCGCCGCCGCAGCAGCAUCAGCAGCAGCAACAGCGUCAUCACAUGGAUCCGCUCUCAUUGCUCAGCAGCAAGAUGGCGGCUGCUGGUGGCGGUUGCUCGGGUACCGCGACGAUGGGAUCACGUGACCGGCAAGGAGCCAAUCAGCAUGGGCCGGUGUCUGGAGACGCCCGGCCGUGGAACGGCGUGACUCGUGAACUCAAGGCGGCGCAGGCUCGAUGGAGGCUCACCGAUAUCAGCAACACGACGCUGGUGUGAGCCGUGGGCGAAGGCUUUGCGAUCGCGGGCACACACACACUUAGCGAUUUUUUUUUUUAUGAGCGACCUGGCUUUGCGAUGGUGCAAAGUUGUCAGGAUGCGGCAAAGUAUGUGUAAGCGACAUCACAGAGGUAUUUGCAAACAUUGUUUGCAAAGUCUUCUCACUCGUUCCGUUGUCGACCGGCCCGGCAGGUUACUCGAAAGGUCAAGAAGGAGUUGACGUGGAGUUGUUGACAAAACGUAACUUUUCUUCCAACUCGCUCGGUCUGCUUCGAUCAUUUCCCACCACCCAGGGCAGCCACCUCCACAACUAAUGCUGAGCGACACAAAGUACGGUUGCCACCUCUUGAGAUACACAAAGAAAAACAGGAUAUGCCAUGGGAAGAAUAGCAUACAAUACCAAGAGGGGAGAAGGCCAUGUAAAAUUAUGGUCUUGAGUAGUGUAUCAUUACAUAUUAUAAUUAUUAUUAUGCAACUGGCAAAAACUCGGACUUUUAAUGUCCUGCGAUCCCGCAAAACCAGGAGAGGUGGCAACCGUAGACGUGAGUGACCACAGGGCGUCAACACCGGUGUCCAGGUUGUACGUAGUGAACGACCAUAGAAGGACGCUGAUGUCGCGUCGCAUAUUCGCUUACGGUGUCGCAACGGCACAAGUGCGUGUGCGCGCGUGUGCACUGUGUAUCUUUAACCGGGUCAGGCGGGUGUCAACCCAGUAGGCAAGCGGGGCGAGCCCACAGGGUUGGUUGGUAAGCCCUCGCCUUGCCGACCGCCGUUUCUGCGACGUCGGCUGAGGUGUGCGGUCGAUGUCGGCUUCGUUUUGACCGCCGGAAGGUCGCGGCAGGGUCAGGCGUCGACAGUCGCCGAUAAUGGCCUCGGCCAACGUUGCCCACUUCUAUCCCCUGCUGCCGCCGCCAUCGCCGUUCUUGGGACAAGGACCAAGUGAGGCGUGUCCCGUUCGCGUCACCCGACCGAGAUCCCCCAAGACGGGAUGCGAGUGCCUCCCUCGUGUUGGCUGAGUGGGCAGUCGAAGUCGUGGUGUUGUUUUGGCGCGACGGGACAAAAAGUCGCUCGGGGGAAAGAAAGAAAUAAAACAAAUCGCUAAGUGUGUUAUGCGUCGGUAAAGGCAGGCGCAACCCCAAAACGAGCGCUCCCAGCAUAGCGUGGACGAUCGUCGCAACGUCCAUUCCCCGUCGAUCGGUGCAGGGGUGAAGGUAAAACUUCUGUCAAGGAGACUUCACGUCCUCGGGGUUGUACCGCUCGGCACGACGUCUGACGUUCCGCUCCACGUGCAAGGGAGCUUCUUCGGAAGCCGAAUUGUUUCCUGAACACACAACCAUUUUUCCUGCCAAAUUAUAUACUCCAGUCUAUCGUGCCAACAUACGACGCAUCUGUAGCCCCUUUUUACAUGCUUAAAUAUGAAUGCAAACGGAAUUAUUAUCAGGCCUUUGCGAAUUUACUUCUGGAUCGAAGGCCUACCCCAUGCCAGGUUUGUCAAAGGGGUUGUUGGACCAUACUUCACCACGAUGGUCAGUUCGUUUUGGUAAAGGUGGCAACCAGUACUACUGGUUCAUUGACGUUAACCGUGGCUGAGAAAUCGAUCUUGGGGCCACCAAGUUUAUAGCAUAGUGCAUUAGCCACUGCCAAGAGUUCAAUCUCUGAGGACUCAAAAAUAUUUGGUGUGAAUGCCAAGCAAGAAACAGGGCACAGCAUGGAUAAGAGUCGAUGGAGCGGACGUCAGAAGUAGUUCUGUGAAGUCUCCUUCCGCGGGGCAUUCUUCAUCACGGGGGGUGAUGUUUUAAACACCGCUCUCCGUCAAAAGUGCUCCAAAUCGAUCCUCGUCACAAGACGCGAUUCCGACGGCGUCAUUGGAAUAACAUUUUUGACACGAUUGGCGAUGAUUCAAAUCCCCCCACCGAACGGACCCAAAACGGGCCGUUGGGUAGCAUCCCUUGGCGUCACGCGCGCUUGCUGGUUCGCUUCUUUGGGUUGUGCCUUCGUUAAAGCGAUGGCGUGAGUAAGACGGAGACUAUAGCAAUUGUCAAAAAAACUAUACAAAUUACGUAUAUAUCAAGUUCCGGUAGGUAUACUCGUAGCAUCGUUCACUUCGAUGGAGACUGACGUGAAUAAGGCAGCCUUCAAACUGCCGGAGGCAGCUCAUCGUGACGUGUCCUCAUAUUUUCCAGACUCCCCCCCCCGUUCUCUUCUAACCGGUCGUGCGUUCGUGUGUUGUAAGAUUCUCAUAUUUCUCGAAGGAGGGGGGGGGGGCAUCAUUCGUCUGGAGCUGAAGGCGACGGGAACGAAUUACAGAGAGGCGCGGACAGAGACAGAAGACUCGGGAAGGCAAAAGAGACAAGUAUGGAGAGGCAUUGGAGAGAGACAGACACAUAUCGAGACAAACACAGAGGGCAACAGACACGAAGACUUGCAGACAAGUGGACACGGAGAGACAAGGUGGCUACGCAGAGACAAGAAGAGCAAGAGGCAAGCGGAGGUAGAGAAA